UUGUAUCUUAACCAAACAUCGUGGAAGGAGAGAUUACAGACCUCAGGGAGACUGCACAGCAUCCAGGUGGGGUAUUCUUCAGUGGCAUCGAGCAGAGGCUGGGUCAGCAGGGGACCCAGUACCUGGACAGCUCGUCCCCGAGACCAGCUGUACAGAAUGUGGUCAGCACCCAGUAUGCCCUGCAGCAGGUCCCCAGCACUUUGGCCACGCUGGAGUUCGCGGAGGGUCUCGGCAUCAGCGGUGGAGCUGGCGGGUGUAAGAUGCAGACCAACUCUCCUCUCCACUACAACACGCACCAUAAUCAGAUUGCACACAGCAAGGAGAGAAUGACUGGCAGCAGCCCAGUCUCACCCGCUUCCUCACCAGCCUCCAGUGCGGGUGGUUCCCCUGCUCAUGUGGGCUCGCUCACCAAUGACUCCCUGGACGGACCUGCCACCUUCGCCUCGCCCAAGCUCCAGCCACCGGAGGAGCUGGCCUGCGGCUUGUGGGUGCCUGACCUCGGGCCCUGCAACCAGCCUGUGAAGGGACAGGCCUGGGACAAGGCUCACGCCGAGAUCGCCGAGCAGGCCAAGCAUGAGGCCAAGAUCGAGCAUCGUAUUGCCGAGCUGCGGAGGGAGGGCCUGUGGUCCCUGAAGCGACUGAACCGGGUACAGGAGGCUGCCAGGCCCAAGUCCCACUGGGACUAUCUCUGUGAGGAGAUGCAGUGGCUGUCAGCCGACUUCACUCAGGAGCGCCGCUGGAAGCGCGGUGUGGCGAGGAAGGUGGCCCGUACAGUCCUGCGUUUCCACGAGGAGCAGAGGCAGAAAGAGGAGAGGGCCAAGAGGGACGAACAGGUCAAGCUGCGGCGCAUUGCUUCCUCUAUCGCCAAAGACGUCAAGCAAUUCUGGACUAACGUGGAGAAGGUGGUGCAGUUCAAGCAGCAGUCCCGCCUGGAAGAGAAACGUAAGAAGGCCUUGGACCUGCAGCUCGAUUUCAUUGUGGGCCAGACCGAGAAGUACUCGGACCUGCUGAGCCAGAGCCUCAACGAGUCCCUGCCAGCCAGCAAGCCCGGCUCGUCCCAGCUCGGCUCCUCCUUGGCUGGCUCAGCGGCUUCCACCCCUCCCAUCUCCGGCUCGGCCACCGAGGACGAAGACUUCCAGCCUCACGAGGAGGAAGAUGACGAGGAAACAAUCGAGGUGGAGGAGAAGCAGGCCGGCAACGAUGACGAGACGCGGCGGCGGGAGAUCGAGCUGCUGCGGCGGGAGAGCGAACUGCCCCUGGAUGAGUUGCUGCGCUCGCUGCCCGCCGGCCUGGCGGAGCAGGAGGGGAUUGGCGGGGAGGAAGAAGAGGGUGAGGAGGAGGAGGAGAGCAGCGGCAGCGAGUCCUCGGAAGAUCCACCACCCAGGCCCAGGAGGGUGCUCCAAAACGCGCACCGAUUCCCAACGAGGGGCAAACACCGGCGGGGGGAGCCUGAGGACGAGGAGUUCACGGCAGACGAGGAUGAAGCUGAGGAUGAGGAGGAGACAAUUGAGAUGGAGGAGGCGCUGGAGGGUGAGGUGGAUCACAAAGCAGAGCUUGAUGACCUAGCCAAGGAAAGUGAGAUGCCCGUGGAAGACUUGCUGAAGAAAUACAGUGGGGCUUUCUCUGAUUCCUUCGAGACACCAGAUUCCGACUCCAACGACAGCUCCGACUCGGAGGAAGAGGAGGAGGAAGGUGAUGAGACGACGACAGAAUAUGAGGAGGAGGAAGAAAGCAGCAGCUCAACAGACUCUGAAAACUCAAGUGUCACAGAUGAGGAGGAUGAGGAGGAAGAGGAGGAGGACAACACUGACGAGGACAUUGGGGUGGAGUACCUGAUCCAGGGGGAGGACGGAGAUGACGAGGGAAACCAGGACCUGGUCCCGGGUGAGGCCAGGGGACCCAAGAAGGAGAUCACUGACAUUGCGGCCGCUGCAGAGAGCCUGCAGCCCAAAGGCUACACCUUGGCCACCACCCAGGUGAAGACCCCUGUCCCUUCGCUGCUGCGCGGGACCCUGCGUGAGUACCAGCACAUAGGGCUGGACUGGCUGGUCACCAUGUACGAGAAGAAACUCAACGGGAUCCUGGCCGACGAGAUGGGCCUCGGCAAAACCAUCCAGACCAUCGCCCUCCUUGCCCACCUGGCGAUAGAGAAAUGCAACUGGGGCCCCCACCUGAUCAUUGUGCCCACCAGUGUCAUGCUCAACUGGGAGAUGGAAUUCAAACGUUGGUGCCCCUCCUUCAAGAUCCUGACCUACUACGGCGCGCAGAAGGAGCGGAAACUCAAACGCCAGGGAUGGACCAAGCCAAACGCCUUCCACGUCUGCAUCACCUCCUACAAGCUGGUGCUCCAGGAUCACCAGGCGUUCCGUCGCAAAAACUGGAAGUACAUGAUCCUGGAUGAGGCCCAGAACAUCAAAAACUUCAAGUCACAGCGCUGGCAGUCACUGCUGAACUUCAACAGCCAGCAUCGUCUCCUGUUGACAGGGACCCCGUUACAGAACAGCCUGAUGGAGCUCUGGUCCCUCAUGCACUUCCUGAUGCCGCACGUCUUCCAGUCACAUCGGGAGUUCAAGGAGUGGUUCUCCAACCCGCUGACAGGCAUGAUCGAGGGCAGCCAGGAGUACAACGAGAACCUCGUCAAACGGCUGCACAAGGUCCUCCGACCGUUCCUCCUUCGCAGGAUCAAACUGGACGUGGAAAAACAGAUGCCAAAGAAAUACGAGCAUGUGGUGCAGUGUCGCCUCUCCAAACGCCAGCGCUACCUGUAUGAUGACUUCAUGUCGCAGGCUUCUACCAAGGAAACGCUGGAGACUGGCCACUUCAUGAGUGUCAUUAACAUCCUGAUGCAGCUGCGGAAGGUGUGUAACCAUCCAAACCUCUUUGACCCCCGGCCCAUCCACUCCCCCUUCAUCACCCAGGGCAUCUGCUACACCACCGCCUCCUGCGUCGAGCGGGCCUUGGAGUACGAGCCCUUCAAGCAGGUGGAUCUUAGCAUCUUCGACCUGAUCAACAUAGAGGGUCGGCUGUCCCGCUACGAGUCUGAGGUCUUCCUGCCCAAGCACAAAGUCACCAAGAAACUGAUAGAGGAGAUUGCUGAAGCUCCCGAUCCUCCUCCGCGCCCCAAACCCGUCCGCAUGAAGGUCAACAGGAUGCUGCAGCCCAAUCAGAAACCCGAUGGCAGGACGGUGUUGCUGGUGAACAGUCCCCGGCCCCCAGCCCCGGGGGUGCAGCCUGCCCUGCAGCGGCCUUCAGGAGGAGGGGUGGCAGAGCUGCUCCACACUGUCCAGGGAGGGACAGCCUCACUCCAGACAGUGGUCAGCCCGGUCAGCCAGACUGUCAUCCCCUCGCAGGGUUUGUCGACGACUCCUCUGAGCCUGCCGCUGGGCACUGCCGGACCCCCCCGGACCAUCCUGGCACAUGCCCGGCCCUCAACACCCUCCCCUCAUCUCACCCUGCCCGUCAACGCGGCCCGGCCCUUCCCGCUGUCAGCGCUGAGGGUGACCCCCACCGUCCAGCAGCAGCCGGGGACAGCGGGAUACGCUGUGCAGGCGGCGGCCUCCAUCCCGGCACACCCUCCCCCACCUCCCCCUCCCCCACCCCCUCCGCCUCCCCCUCCCCCUCCUGCUGCCCCUCUCCCCUCCCCGCCUGUGGGUCUGCCCCAGCGCUUCGUCCUGUCCCCAGAUGUACAGGCCCGGCUGCCCACGGGUGAGGUAGUGAGUAUUGGUCAGCUGGCAUCUCUGACUAACCGGCAGUCUGGCCACCCAGUCAGUCCGGGCAGCAAACCCGUUACCUUCCAGAUCCAAGGCAACAAGCUGACGCUGGCAGGGGCUCAGGUCCGACAAGUGGCGGUGGGGCAGCCCCGGCAACUGCAAGGCAACAUGGUUCACCUGGUGUCAACGGGUGGUCAUCACAUCAUCGGACAGCCUGCCCAGCUUGCACUGAUGCAGGCCAUGGCACAGCAAAACGCCCACCCAACGAUGGGAAUCCAGACACCGCUGCAGACGGUCACCGGGGCACAGUCCACCAUCUCCACGGCCGCCACUUCGCCUGGUCUAGCCGUGCCAGUAGCUGCUGCACAGGUCCCUGCCUCAGUAGUGACCACCUCCAGUGUGGUGAAGAUUGUAGUCCGCCAGGCACCCAAGGAAGGCUUCCCGCUGGCCGUGCACUCGCCACGGCCCCUUGCCGUCUCUGCCGCCCGCUUCCCAGCCACCGUGGUGACCCCAGGCCGCGUCCAGUUGCCUGUUGGGGCGCUGACCCUCAGCACGGCCGCGCCCCGCCCGGUCCUGAGGGUACUUCACACACCAGCUGUCAACACUGAGCCAGCUGCUCCCACCGUGACCCGGUUGGUAGUGACCGGCCCCAACGUGGCAGAGAAGGAGGACUCUGAGCUGCCGACGUUACGGCCGGUGAUCGCGCGCCCGGCCGCUGCCCCUGCUCCAGCCCCCGUCGAGCCAGUCACCUCAUCUACCUCAUUGGCUGCCCUCCGGCCCAGGCGGCACCAGGCACCUCCCACCAAGUCUCCCUUCAAACUGGAAGCCCUGGAACAGAAGCGGCGGCAACAUCGCCAGGAGCGGUUGGAGCGGAUCGUCACGGUGAACGAGCGCCGGUGCGCGGCCUCCCCUGUCUAUGGCAGUGAGCUGCUGCGGCUCUGCGCCUUCGUCGAGAGGGCCAGGGCGGUGGGGGUGGACAGCCCGCCCGAGGGCACGGGCUGGCGAGGCCUGGGCUAUGCCCACUGCCUGGCUGCCCAGGUCAGCAGGGAGGCCCGACAGCCCGAGGCCUACUGGAGGAGCACGCGGGCGCUGGACGGAGCCGUACAUAACCCUGAGGAGCGGAUCGAGGAACUGGCGGACAUCAUUGACAGGUUUAUCUUUGUUAUACCUCCUGUGGAGGCCCCAGCUGUCCAAAUGCACAUGUCUCACCCUCACCCAUCCUCCCUGCACCAGCAGUUCCUGCUGGCUGAUGCACUACACCGGGAGCUCUCGCCCAGGACCACCCGGCUCCAUCGCACCAUCUGUAACAUGAGGACCCAGUUCCCGGAUCUCCGGCUUAUCCAGUAUGACUGCGGCAAGCUGCAAGUCCUGGAUGCCCUGCUACGCCAGCUGAAGGUGGGCGGCCAUCGGGUGUUGCUGUUCACGCAGAUGACCCGGAUGCUGGACAUUCUUGAGCAGUUCCUCAACUUCCACGGACACAUCUACCUGCGGCUGGAUGGCAGCACGAAGGUGGAGCAGCGUCAGAUCCUGAUGGAUCGCUUCAAUGCCGACAAACGCAUCUUUUGCUUCAUCCUGUCAACCCGCAGCGGUGGAGUCGGGGUCAAUCUCACCGGAGCUGACACCGUGCUGUUCUACGACAGCGACUGGAACCCCACCAUGGACGCCCAGGCACAGGAUCGCUGUCAUCGCAUUGGCCAGACCCGAGAUGUACACAUCUACAGGCUGAUCAGCGACCGGACUGUGGAGGAGAACAUCCUGAAGAAAGCCAAUCAGAAACGGAUGCUGGGGGACCUGGCCAUCGAAGGCGGCAACUUCACCACCGCCUUCUUCAAAGAGCAAACGAUACGAGAGCUGUUUGACCUUCCGACAGAGGAGCCGAAGAAGGAGCUGGUCCCCCUGACAUUACCGGUGCCUGCACCAGCCCCCUCCCAGCCGGAAGAGGAGGAUUCCAUGUCGGCCAAACAGACUCUCAUCCUCGAGCAGGCGCUGUGCAGGGCGGAGGAUGAGGAGGAUAUCCGAGCAGCCUCGCAGGCCAAGGCAGAGCAGGUUGCGGAGCUGGCUGAGUUCAAUGAGAACAUUCCCCUGGAUGGAGAGGACAGCUCGACACGAGAUGAGGAGGAAGAGUUGUCCAAAGCUGAGCAGGAGAUUGCUGCGCUGGUCGAGCAGUUAACACCAAUCGAGCGGUAUGCUAUGAACUACCUGGAGGCGUCCCUUGAAGCUGUGAGCAAGGAGGAGCUGAAACAGGCUGAGGAACAAGUGGAGGCAGCCCGAAAGGACCUGGACCAGGCCAAGGACGAGGUGUGGAAGUGGACGGAGGACGACGAGAGCCAGCUGAAUGAGGAACUGCGCCUGAAGAGGCAGAAGAAGGCCCGUCAUCCUGCCAAGGCCCAGAGCGAGAGGGUGGGCACGCGGACCAGCGAGAGGCUGCGGGGGGCUCGCAAGGCGCAGCUGCCCCGGGAGCCCUCGCCUCCCAAGCCUGUGGUCUGUGGGCCCCUGAGCUACGAGGCCCCCGUCCCUGCCCGUGACCUCCAGAUCCACAUCAGCGCGGAACUGCCCGAAGAAUUGUUUGAGGAUGAGCCACCUCCGCCACCUCCCAGCCCAGACCUCCCUCGCGAGGGGGCUCCGACCUCUGCCCCGAGCCCACCGCCCCCCGAUGGGGGCCUGCUCCCUGCCGGCCUCGGGCCCCAGGAACCGACGGGUCAAAGGGCAGAGGGGGAGCCGCCGCCAUUGCCUGUGCCCCACCCCCUGGAGGCACAGGGGCAUCUGUCGAUGGCGCCGGCCGCCCUGGAGACGGGGGGUGAGGAGGGGCCGGACGCGGAGGAGAGCCCACCGAGGGUUCCGGUAACCCCGGAGGUGGGGUGUGAAAGUUCGGAGGUGGAGGGCGACCGCCUGGGAACGCUGGUCGCCGCGGAGACGGAGGGCCACCUCUCGAGGACGGUUGGCCCAGCGGAGGCAGGAGGUGAAAGGUCGGAGGUGGAGGGCCACCUCUUGAGGACAUUGGUCACCCCGGAGACGAGAGGUGAAAGGUCAGAGGUGGAGGAGGGCCACCUGGGGACAUCCGUUACCAUGGAGACGGGAGAGGAAAGGUCGGAGGUGGAGGAGCCCCACCCAAGGACAUUGGUCGCUGUGGUGACGGGAGGUGAAAGGUCGGAGGUGGAGGAGCAUCUCCCGAGGACAGUUGGUACCGUGGAGAUGGGAGGUGAAAGGUCGGAGGUGGAGGAGCAUCUCCUGAGGACAGUUGGUACCGUGGAGAUGGGAGGUCAAAGGUCAGAGGUGGAGGAGCACAGCCCAAGGACAUUCCCUGCUGUGGAGCCAGGAGGUCAAAGGUCGGAGGUAGAGGAGCGACUCUCGACCUCUGCCCCAGAGAUGGAAGUUGAGAGGUCAGAGGUGACUCCUGUCCCCAGGAGCGUGUUCCCUGCAGAGACGGGAGCUGAGGGGCCACAGGCGGAGGAGGUGCAGCUCCCCACGGAUGGGGGUGAGAUGGUCGGGGGGAGCUGUAGUCCAAGCCCGCUAACUGGAGCUGGGAGUCCAGCUGGUCAGGCAGUCCCCGUGCCUGGGGGAGCGAGCAGGGUGUCCAGCCCCGGGAACAAACAGGAGCCCAGGCAGCCGGCAACGGCGCAGGGCCCCGCUACCCGGGGCAGAGGCAGGAGGCCGAGGAGAACGGCCGACCAGGACCUGGUGCGUGGACCCGGGGCCCCCAGCCAGGUGCAGUUGGCCGCCACCGUCCUGCGCAAGGUCCCCGGCCGCGUCAACGUCAUCGUGGAGCGGCGCGAGCCGGCCAAGCGACCGCGGCGGGCAGCACGGCAGGAGGCCCGAGAGCGCCCGACUCCUCCC